AUUUCUUUCUUAAAAACUUUUAAAAAACAUUGUUGUGCAAAAACUGCCUAAGCAGAGAAGAAUGAAUGCAGACCAUAAAAAUACGAAACACCUUAUUUGCUUUGAAACAGGCAGCUGUCUUUUUAACCCCAAUUAAAUAGAAAGACGUUAAUACAAAUCUCAUUUAUGUAGGCCAAAUURAUGAAACAUAAUUUCUGUUAAACCAUACAGCUAUUACAAAUUCUGACAACAUGAACUGAUCUAUUGCUUUCAGUGUGAAUAAAACAAAUGCUUUAUUUGCUUUUUGAACUGAAAAGACUGCCAGUCAACAUCCAAUUACUUUAACUGUUUCCAAAACAUUUUUAAAACCAUUGUAAGAUCCUGAAAGCUGGCUGCUGAUUUAUAGUUUAUGUUUGCCUAUAAUUUUUAAAAAUAUACUAACUGGUAAUCCUUUUCCUCUUCUCCUUCUCUUUUCUUAUAGACACCAUCUUUGAGAGAGGUGGGAAGUCUGGCCUUGACUCCUCAGUUCUUCACCUUCACCUUUCAUCAUUCAUUCUACCAUGGACAAACUGGACCUAAUAAAAUUUUACUUUAUGAUGGGCCUUGCCUAUAAGGACAUACUUUAUAUUCUGAGUACAAAACAUCAGAUCAUUCUCAGCUUGAGAACCCUAAAACGAAAUUUGAAAAAGAAUGGACUAUUUCGCAGAAUCCAUUUUGACAGUUUAGAGGAAACUGUUGUGUUUAUUAAAGAGCAGCUCCAAGGUUCAGGCGCUUUGCAUGGCUACAGGUGGAUGUAUGCUAAAUGUAAAGAAAAUGGCUUGCACAUCAGAAAAGAAGAUGUACGCUUAAUUCUUUCAACUCUUGACCCAGAGGGCUCAGAAGCACGAAGAAGUAGAAGACUGCAUAGACGAGCCUAUUUUGCACAAGGGCCAAAUUUUGUAUGGCAUGCUGAUUCAUAUGACAAACUGAAACCCUUUGGUAUAUGCAUCAAUGGAGCCAUUGAUGGAUUUUCAAGGAGAGUACUGUGGCUGAAUGCAUAUCAUACCAGCAGUGACCCCAAAGUUAUUGGAGGUUAUUUCCUUGAGACUGUAAGGGAGUUAGGUGGAAGUGCUCGUAUCCUGAGGACAGAUAUGGGUACAGAAAACAGCUCUAUAAGAGAUCUGCAACGUUACCUUCGUCGCAACAAUGAUGAUGCUAAUGCUGGCGACAAAAGCUUUAUUUAUGGAAGAAGCACAGCCAAUCAGAGGAUUGAGAGUUGGUGGGGCUUUCUCCGCAAAGAGUGCGUGAACUUUUGGCUUGACCAUUUUUACAGACUAAAAAAUGAGGGGGAUUUUGUUGGAGACWUUUUGGACAAGAACCUCAUGUUGUUCUGCUUCCUUGGUUUGAUACAAGAUGAGCUGGAUUCCACCAAGGAAUCAUGGAACAAUCAUGUGAUACGUCCAUCCACUAAUGAACAUGUCCCUUAUGGCUGUCCUAACGCAAUGUACUUGAUUCCUGAACUUUAUCAGACCAAAGACCAUUUGUGCCAAGUUUCAGAGGAAGAUCUUACUAGUUGUGAAGAGGACUGCAUCCACYGCAGUGACAUUGCUUGCGACAAUGAUGUGUUUACCCUCUGCACUCACAUCAUGGCACAACACAGUCUCCGUGUUCCUGUUGAUGUGUACAUGGCCAUUGACCUCUACCUUUUCUUAAGAGGAGAACUGAUAACACUUUUAAACCUUGACAGAUGAUGGAAAAUACAUAUCCUUUCUGAUGGAAACAAUACAAGAUGUACUGUUUAGGGAUUUUGCUCUCAUGCCCCAGGUUUUUCACUUAAGGGGUGAACAUAGUUCUAGAAGCACUUUCAUCAACAUAUGUUAAGUAGUUUAAUAAACUGUGACAAAGAUUGAUGUGUUCCAGCAAAAAAGUAGCCUAUUUCUAUGUAAUUAAUCGAAGUACUAAUAUAAAAUUCACUGUGUUCACAUUCCUCAAUGUAGGUCAAUUUAUUGUUGGGCUUUCUUGCCUUGGGAGGUGGGUUAAAACGUAGUCUUUUUUUCUGUUAUGCUCUGUUAUGUCAUGUUUAGUAUUUUAUUUGUGACAUCGUAUCAUGAUCAUAGAGAUGUUGUGACACCGAUGUGUGAGAAUUACAGGAGAUCUUGUGCCAGGUCAGCGGCUGAAUCAAUUAAAAAUAUUUCUCCCAGGCAUGGUUAUAACAAUAGAAAACAAGACAUGAAGUUCUGCUUUGGCCAACAGCCCAUAACAAACAAUGCUGCUCUCCGUGGUGCUGAAAUAAACAGAACACAUUACCUUCGUCAUUAAGAAAAUUCAUUAAAUAAACAAAAUGCUGACAAAA